UUAAAAAGUGUUGUCUGCUCUGUCAAAAUGGCGUACGACGCACCUGUUUCGGACCAUAGAAGAAAGUGGGACACAGAGGAAUAUGAAAAACUUGUGGCAGAAAGGCUGGAGGAGGAGGAGAAGAAAGUCCUUGACCGCGAACGAGCCAAACUUGAGGCUCCCGUUCGUAGGGAGCUACUCAAACCUAGGGAUUACAGGGUUGAUUUGGAUGGAAAACUUGGAAAAUCUCAAGUCAUAACAAAGACUACUCCAGGAAGUCAGCAAGGAGGCUACUACUGCAAUGUGUGUGACUGUGUUGUGAAAGAUUCUAUCAACUUUUUAGAUCACAUCAAUGGAAAGAAACACCAGCGUAACCUGGGUAUGUCGAUGAAGGUCGAGCGGUCAUCACUGGAGCAGGUCAGGAAGCGGUUCGAGAUGAACAAGAAAAAGCUAGAGGAGAAGAAGAAGGAAUAUGACUUUGAUGAACGCAUGAAAGAGCUACAAGAGGAGGAAGAGAAGCAGAAAGCAUACAAAAAAGAGAAGCGCAAGGAGCGUAAGCGCAAGGCCGAUGAUGAUAUUGACGUGGAAGGUGACCCUGACAUGGCCGCUAUGAUGGGAUUCUCAGGAUUCGGGGGAUCCAAGAAGUCUUAGAUUCUAGCCAUGGCCUCCUGGAGAGGCCAGCAAGUGUAACUGUGAUGGGGGAGAGGGAUUUCAGGGAACUGAGAGAUGAGAUACACAUUUGAGACUGAACAACUUUUGUGUUUUAAUCAUUUAUGCAUCUGUUUUGACCUCAUAUAUUUUAGUUUGAUUAUUUUGAAGAAAAAGAGUUUACAUGUGAUGUGAAUUCAAGUCAUACAGGUUUACACACAAACCACAUUGUUAUCAAAGAAAGAAAUGAUGAGGCUAAUUUUUCAGCUUUUUUAUGUAAAUUCAGGGGUUCUAAAGUUGAGGAAUAAUCCUGAAAUCUGGAUUGAGAGCUUUUAACUUCAGGCUAUUAUUCAAAAGAUUGACUUACAGUUGGGCAUUUGCAUCAAAAACAAUAGGGAAAUACCUUGAAAUGAAUAUAAAUGACUUCGGAAACAUUUCUAAAAGGCUUCUAGGCCCCUUUACCCUGCUUUGGGAAUGAAAUCCUCAUACUCUGACUAGCUUUUUUUCAGGAUUGACAUCAUCAGCUGUUAGAACCCCUGUGAAUUGUUACUCCUGCAUGACAUAUAUAGGCCUACCUGAAUUAUAGAGAAAAGUCAAACGAUUCAGUUUUAAAGUAUACCGGUAGUAUACCUGUUGUACAAAUUUAACUAUUGUUGUGCGUGAUAUUUUUUUAUAACAAGUCUAUAAAUGUCCAAGUAAAAAAACGUAUGGUGAUAUUGGUGAAUGUUUAAUGCGUGUCAUUUACUCUGAAAGGCAAGGCUUCUGGAGUAAAGAUCUUGUUUUAUUAUUUUAUGAUCAUGAUUUAUGUUCACUUUGUAUGUAAAUAGACAAUUAAGUGUAAUAAAUAGUGUUGAAGUAUUUAGAGAUUGAUAUUUAUUAAUUAAAUUCAAAAUUUUAAGCAUGAAACUGCUAUGUAAGCUACAAGUGUUGAUCACAUUUUUAGCUGAAUACUUAAUAUUCAUUUCAGAUAAAAGCUAUUUUUGUGAAUAAAGUCAUUGAAUAAUGAUGUUAAACAUGUGACAAUGUAUUUGCUAAAAUAUCAACAACGUGCAAAAAUAAAAGAAUACCAAACUUAAAA